AUGAGGAAGCUAGGUGCACCGAGUGAGAAACAAACAAAAACUAAACUCGUAGGAAAACGUGCUACCAUUCAGAAAGCGAACAGAAGCCUAACCAGGAGUCCAGAUGGGGAAGAAGACAUCAAUAUCCCUGCUCAGUGCCCAGUUGGUUCUUCUGCUGAUGAGCAGGUAGCUGCAACUGAUGAAGCUGAUUUUAAGGCGUCAACUUUUUUUUCAUCAUCCAGAAAUUGUAUUGUUUUGGUUGCUUAA